AGCAGUGUCCCCGCCUACGAUCUGACGUCAGAGUGUGGGCAGAAGCCGUCGCUUCCUUGCCCCUCCGUAGACGUAGCGCACGGCAACGUCCCGGGGCUGUGUCAGUGAGAGAGAGCGAGCGCAGAGACGCGUACGAAGCGAGGCGACAACUGGACAGCACCGGAGGCACCAUGGUAGCUCAACAGAAGAAUCUUGAAGGAUAUGUGGGAUUUGCCAAUCUGCCAAAUCAAGUAUACAGGAAAUCUGUGAAGAGAGGAUUUGAAUUCACGCUUAUGGUAGUAGGUGAAUCUGGUCUGGGAAAAUCAACUCUCAUAAAUUCACUCUUCUUAACGGAUUUAUAUGCUCCGGAUUAUCCUGGUCCAUCACACAGAAUUAAAAAGACUGUUCAGGUUGAGCAGUCAAAAGUUCUAAUUAAAGAAGGUGGAGUUCAGCUGCUUCUCACAAUAGUAGACACACCCGGGUUUGGCGAUGCCGUCGAUAAUAGCAACUGUUGGCAGCCGGUUAUUGACUAUAUUGACAGUAAAUUUGAAGACUAUCUUAAUGCAGAAUCUCGUGUCAACAGACGUCAGAUGCCAGACAACCGUGUGCACUGUUGUUUGUACUUUAUUGCACCUUCAGGCCACGGACUGAAACCAUUGGACAUAGAGUUCAUGAAACGUUUGCAUGAAAAAGUCAAUAUCAUUCCACUCAUCGCAAAAGCAGACACCCUCACACCAGAAGAAUGCCAGCAGUUUAAAAAACAGAUAAUGAAGGAAAUUCAGGAACACAAAAUCAAGAUUUAUGAAUUUCCAGAAACGGAUGAUGAAGAAGAAAAUAAGCUGGUGAAAAAAAUAAAGGACCGUUUACCUCUUGCUGUUGUGGGUAGCAAUACUAUCAUAGAAGUGAAUGGCAAAAGAGUAAGAGGAAGACAGUAUCCAUGGGGAGUUGCGGAAGUUGAAAACGGUGAACACUGUGACUUCACUAUUCUGCGGAACAUGUUGAUAAGGACUCACAUGCAAGAUCUCAAGGAUGUCACCAAUAAUGUACACUAUGAAAACUACAGGAGCAGAAAGUUAGCCGCUGUGACUUACAAUGGUGUGGAUAACAACAAAAACAAAGGCCAGCUUACAAAACUUGACACAGUUGAAGGCAUGAGCCCAUUGGCUCAGAUGGAAGAAGAAAGAAGGGAACAUGUGGCCAAAAUGAAGAAAAUGGAGAUGGAAAUGGAACAGGUAUUUGAGAUGAAAGUCAAAGAAAAAGUUCAGAAGCUCAAGGACUCUGAAGCAGAACUUCAACGACGUCAUGAGCAGAUGAAAAAGAACCUUGAGGCUCAGCACAAAGAAUUGGAAGAAAAGAGACGCCAGUUUGAGGACGAGAAGGUCAACUGGGAGACUCAGCAACGCAUACUGGAACAGCAGAACUCUUCAAGGACCUUGGAGAAAAACAAGAAGAAAGGGAAGAUCUUUUAAAACAGUUCUCCACCACUAUACCUUUUACCAGUUGCCAACUUGCCAGCCCAGACAUCAGUGUUUGUUGGAACCAUUCAGCCACUUUUGAAACCAGAUGCAUCCAUUAAUGUUGGAUUUAAUGGCAUGACCUUUAUUUUUUCUUAUUAUUCUCAAUGGAUAUUAAGAUGCCUUGAAUCGUUUAAGGUUUUUGCAUACCUGGAGGACUAGACGCUGCAAUGCUCCCUUCCCCCUCUUUCUCUUUUUAACUGAUGUCUCCAUUUUAAAAUCAAGAAAAUAAAAGCAUUUUACGGUUGUAUAUCUGGGGGCUGGUAGCAGAAUAUUCCACAAUACAAGGACUCUGGCUUACAAUGAAGAUAAAAUGCCAUACUUUUAUUGCAUUUGCUAACAAGCGCACAUGUAAUACAAAAACUUCCAUGCAUACAGUUUCUUGUCAUUUUCAUUUUUCCCUGUUUUGACACUUCCAUUGUUUAAAGUACAUAUGGGAAUUAUAAGCUUACAGUGCACAGAUGGCUUUUUUUUAUUUUCUCUCCAUUGUUUCAUGACCAAUCUCUUAUGUUUGGGCAAUAUCUAAAAUAUAUGCUCCAUUUAUUACAUUCUUUAACCAGGAGUCUAAUUACUGCUUCCUUUUAUAAUGACAUUUACCUUAGAUAUUUUCCAACUAUUGGUCCUACGAAAUUAAUCUACAUAUUAUUUCUUUGCUGUAGGAACCAAUUUUUUUUUUUACUUUUUUUGUUUUGUUUUUCUGCAUCUUUACAUACUUCCCUAAGUUUUGUGAUAAUGCAGCAGGAAUGGUGCAUUUAUAGGUCAUUUCUAGAUAAAAUUAACAAACCUUCUGUUUCCUCCUUAUUGUGCAGUCUAUUUUAUGUUUUGCUAGAAAUGGGAAUCGUGACCUCACAAGAAGAGGGACAUCACAAUUUUGCAUUUAGUUGUAUUCAUAUACUGCAUUUCUGUAUUUUUUUUUUUUUUUUUUCGUUUGUAUUGUACAAAGUCACAUAAUAAACAAUGUUGUGAUGUAAUACAGCAA